UGUCAGACCUGUUUAUUAUUGAACUUUUUCCGUAGUUUACCAUUUUAUUUUUAAAUAAAUAUUUACCCACACAUAUGAAUUAAACACCGUAAAAUACAGAUUCCUUAAAAAUCGAGGAUAUCCUCAUUACUCAUUAAAUAUUAUGUUGUAAAUUAAUGUAAAAUUAAAUAUUUGCCCCAGGAUGUUCAGUAGCAGUAUGCUGUACGAAAAGAGACCCUUAAAGAAGCCCCGGAUAGGGCCGCCGGACGUUUAUCCCCAGGAACCCAAGCAGAAGGAGGACGAGCUGAACAGCGUUAAUGUUAAACAUGGAUUUCCCACCAUGACACACCUGAGCGAUGAGUUUGGGACCGCUAAGAACUGUAAUGUUACCGCUAACAAGGUUGGAGCAUAUUUUAAUGCAAUCAUUAACCGCAAAGAAGAGCUGAGUUCCAUGCCAGAAUCGGGCAGAAAAAGGCAACAAAUCAAUACGAAAGACAACUUUUGGCCAGUCACGAUAAGGUCGAAACCUCAAGUGGAGGCUUGGUUCAAGGAUCUUGCCGGUAGCAAGGCCUUAAUGAUUCUCUCAAAGAAAGCUCCGAUGUUUAAUAAAAAAGAGGAAAUUUUUAUGUUACUCACUGAAUAUCAAGUUCCUUUAAUGAGGGCCGCUUGGUUUAUUAAGCUGAGUUCUGCCUAUACUGUUGCUGUUUCAGAAGCCAAGAUAAAGAAGAGACAAAUGUCUGAUCCUACUACUGAAUGGACAAGUACCCUUUUAAAGUUUCUUAAAGAUCAAGUGCCAAAACUGCAAGAGUAUUAUUCACAAAUUGAAAAACCUCCGCCUCCCAAUUGCCCAUUAACUGCCCUAGCAAACAAUGAAACUGAACAAAAACUUGCAUUGAGACAUUGGAGCUAUUGCUGCAGACUACUAAAAUACAUGUACGAGGAAGGCUUGAUCGAUAGACAAGAAGUACUGACUUGGAUUAUUGAAUUACUAGAGAAACAUGACAAACCGAGAAAUCAAUCUCAAGAAGAUGGAACCCUAAGGAUCUUUUUACCACUUACUCUUCAAUAUCUGGAUGAGUUUGUGCAAUCGGAAUUAUUGUCAAGACGUUUGUGCCAUUUUUGCACUAAAAAGCUCAAUUUUAUGAUGAACACUGUGACAGAGGCUAACUCAAUUACAUCACCUACAGGAGAAAAUAAAACUGAAUCAAAGGAGGGUGAAAAAAGUGAUGUUAAAAAAGAGGCCACUCCUAAUCCUUUGCAUAAUAGUUUGGCUGAAUAUCAGAAUUGCCAACACCACAGGGAUAUUGUCCUCCAACUAAGCACAAUAAUCCAUACUAUUGUCCUUGAAUGUCCAACUGCUCUAGUUUGGUGUCCCUCUGGUAAUGGGACUCAAUGGCAUGGAUCUCCCUUGGAUCACCUCCCUAUAGCUCCAUCAUCUUUACCGAUGCCGGCUAGAUGUGACAUGAAUACUUACAAAAAACAAAUAAAACAUGCCGAAAACUCUAUCAGGGAGAGAAGCAAACGAGCGGAGGGUAAAUGGUGUACUGAUAAGUUCCAAACCAGUGCUGCAGGAACUGUAACAACAAAAGUUUUGGCAGCGUUAGAUGCUCUGGAUCGCCACAGGUUUGACCGGAUGGAUUCGACUAACUCAUUGGACACCCUUUAUGCCAAAAUUUUUAGUGGCUUAGGGGAUCAGGAAAAUGCUAUAGUAAAACUUCUUUGUGAAUGGGCAGUUUCACCCGAAAGAACUGGCGAACAUAGGGCUUUGGCAGUAGCUGCCUUGCUUGAUCGUCGACAGUCGGAUACGAACCCUUCCGAAAAUCCGGAGGCCACCCAAGGGGACGACAAGGAUAGCAACAGUUCGGUUCCGGGAGGUCCUCCGAUGUUUCAGUCGCUCCUAAUGAAAUUUCUGGAUCAAGACGCCCCCCUGCCCGGUCCGGACGACACCCCGCAAAAGAAAACGGCAUUUUCUAACCUGGUGCACUUGUUUUCCGAGCUGAUUCGUAGGGACGUGUUUUCCCACGACGCGUAUAUGUGCACCCUGAUCGCCCGAGGGGAUCUGAUUGGGCACGAGGACAAUUCCGACAGUAUGGGUAACGUCCAUCAUCCGAAAAUCGAGCCGAUGGACUACGACGACGCGGACGUGGACAACGAUUUGGAUAAAAUCUUGCAGAAUAUUAAGGAGGAUCAGCAGAAUUCGAUGGAUAUACCGGAUAGUCCGAAGGAUCAUGACCACGGACACCACGCUCACGUGCCCAAUAUGGGACAUGUGCCUAUGGAAACUGGACAUGGGGAUCAUAAGAUUAAGGCUUCAAGGCAUUUCUUGUACACCACCCAUUUUCCUUUAUGUCAAGACGACCCUUUUAGUCAACACGACUGUAAUCAACGUCACAUUUUAUUGUACGGCGUGGGAAAAGUUAGAGAUGAAGCGAGGCACACGGUUAAGAAAAUGUCCAAGGAAAUUUGCAAAUUGUUUUCGAAGAAGUUUAGCGUUGAUGUGGCUGAAGGAGGAAAGGUUAAAAAACACUCGAGAAACGAGUUCAACUUCGAAGCGACGACCCAAAAGUGCCAGAGUCUGAGUUAUUUCGACCAACACGUCGUCACUUGGCAGUGCAGCGUGACCGUUAUAGAAAUGCUCAAUUCGUUUGCUACAGGAAAUUCGAAUUAUUUGCCGGUGCAGGAGCAUGUCGCUUUCUUAUUCGAUUUGAUGGAGCUCGCCUUGAAUAUUUAUGGACUUAUUGACGUUUGCAUUCAAAUUUUAAAGGAACUACCCGAAGUAGAAACGCAACUGUACAGCAAAAACUCUGUAUUGAGCAGAAAUUACACCACAGGCCUCAGCCUUUAUAUCGUAGGUGUGUUAAGGCGCUACCACUGUUGCCUAUUACUAUCACCAGAACAAACCUCGGCGGUAUUCGAAGGCCUUUGCAAAGUCGUAAAACACGUGACGAAUCCAGGAGAUUGUAGUUCAGCGGAGCGUUGUAUCCUGGCGCACCUCUACGAUCUGUACUCGACCUGUAGCCUGUUAAAAUCAAAACCGCACGCCGUAGAACCGUUCGGCAAUGCUUAUCCGAAGAUUAAACAGGCGCUGUACAGUAGCAUCGUGCUACAGCCGACCAGUAGCAGUUACGUGUUUAAUCCGCUGUUUAUGCAGGAGGUGUUUAAGAACCCGAGGAGGAUCGGGAGGAUCGAGAGCAGCUGGGCGAAGCAGUUGAACGAGAGCGGCGGUAAUAGAUAUUCUUUCGUGUGUAACGCGAUAAUCCGCGUAUGCUGCAAAGAUCCGGACAGCGACAGGAUCAACGAUAACGAACGUUUAAACGAUUUGGCGAUAAUGUGUGCGGAAAUGACCGCCUGCUGCAACUCGUUGGCGUCCGAGUGGCUCGGGGUUCUGUUGGGCCUUUGCAGCCCCACAUCACCACCCGAAUACUACAAAGACGUCUUGAACGAGAUCAAAAUCGAGGAUGUAAGCAUUCAUAAUUCGUUGGCGGUGUUCACGUGCAUACUGAUAGCGAGACACUGUUUUUCUUUGGAAGAUUUUGUGCGUACCGUCGCUUUACCGAGCUUAUUAAAGGUUAAGUCACUUGACUCUUCCUCUGGACUGGCGGAAGCUGGUAUGCGAUUAACGUGCCAUCUGUUGUUGAGGUUAUUUAGGACAGCAGAGGGGCCACAGCCCGGGCUAUAUUCCGUUGGUUCGCCGCCCCUGACAUCCCCCCGAUUGCCCCUAGGAGUCAGAUUGAGUUGCGAUAGACAUUUGUUGGCUGCCGCUCAUAGGAAUAUCGAUGUGGGUCCGGUACUGGCAGUUCUUAAGGCUGUACUCAUAGUAGGUGACGCUACAGCCAAACAAGGUACAGAACAGAGUUUAUCAAACAUUUUAGGCACCAGCGACUUACAUAGCGGAGUGGACGGUCCCAACUUGGAUCUGCCGGUUAACAUCGACGUAUGCGGCUCCCGGACGUCACAUAGACAAAUAAGCUCCGGUCACCCGGAGGCCACCGCUUCUUUAUCCGCGUUCGCCAAUCACGUUUUAAGGGAAAUCUGUUCGCAACAGUGGGUCCUGGACAGGUGUCUUUGUCAUCCGGAGAAGCUUUGCGACAGCGACAAUUUACUCGACGAUCUACUAACUCACUCGCAAGCACAACGAUUGCUGCAUAUGAUAUGUUAUCCAGAACUGGCGGCCAGUAUAGAUGAAUUGGACCAGAAAAGCAUGAUUAGCAGAAUUUUAGAAAACUUAGAGCUCUGGACUUUAAGAAUGUCCUGGCUGGACCUGCAAUUAAUGUUCAAACAGUACAGGGCAAACACGCCGGAACUCUCCCAAUGGCUGGACACGGUCGCCAAAGCGGCCAUAGACGUUUUCCAGCUGAAUUCUCCGUCCAGUUACAGUCCGAGGUCGGAGGAGGCUAAAAAAAACGAGGCCCGUAUUAAAACGAGCUCGAUUUGGUUGGUAGCCCCGUUGAUCGCGAAAUUGUCGCCCGCGGUACAGGGCAGGGUGCUCAAGGUGGCCGGACAAGUCCUGGAAAACGGGGGUUGGCACUGCAAGGAUCAGAAACCGUUGACGAAGAGGAGCGGCGGCGGGGAGAGUUUGAGCUCGGUCACCCAUCAGCCCUUUUUGAGUUUGGUGCUCACUUGUCUGAAAGGGCAGGAAGAGGGACAGAAGGAGGGGUUGCUUUCUGCUUUGCACCAACAGCUGACGCAGUUGGUACAGCAGGCCAAAGAAGGAAACCUGCAAGACGCAUGCCACAGCGAGAGAUUCCUCGACGGUCUUCAGCUAAGAUUCGCUUUAGUGGGGGGCGUAUUCGAGGCAUUUCAACGUAAUAGUUCCGCGACCACCGACUGGGCGUUACUCCUCGUGCAACUCGUCACUCACGGUAUCAUCGACCUGCAUACCAACAGCGAAUUGUUCACCACGAUAGUCGAUAUGUUGGCGACGUUGGUGCAUUCCGCUUUGGCCACAGAUACACAAGACGACGGCAAAAAGAUGCACCAAAACCUCAUGAAGAAAAUCAAAAAGGAAAUCGGAGAACGACAGAACGUCUCUUUGAUGCACGUCAAACAGCUUUUGCCGCUUCCGAGGUUGACCACGGAGGUCAUCACCGUCGAACCGGCCGGUAUUUUAACCGACAGUAAAGGAUAUAAGAUUAAUUUUGACAGUGUGGAUAAGAAGCACGAUUUGUUGAUCUCAGAUAAGCAGAGGGUGAGCAGCUGGGACAUAUUAGAAGGCAUGAAAAACCCCCCGCCGUUAUCAUGGUCCUGGUUUGGGGCGGUCCGGAUCGAACGGAAACCAUUAGCGGGCGAGGACACGCAUCGCUUACUAAAGUUUCACACCCAUCAUUUACAAAAACCGUCGAGUUACUACCUGGAACCUCCGCCGCUGCCCCCAGAAGACCUGGAACCGAUUCCGGAUAAAGUCGAUUCGAAUCUAAAAGCGGACACGCCCUCGUCGGUGGACCAAAGUCCCGCGGCCUUAGGAAAAGGGCGUGGCAAGGGCCAAAGGAAGCGCAAACCGAAACCGGGUCCCAUGAACGUUAGUCCGAUUACGAUGGGACAUAACCCGAUGGCGGCCGGACAACCCGGUAUGGGAAUGGUGCAGGGUAAUAAUCCGCAAAUGGGUCAUGGAAUGGCUGGAUACGGACAAAAUCCUGGUAUUCAGCCUGGACAGCAGUACGGUGGUAAUCCGGGACAGCAGUGGUACGGGCAAAACCAGACACCGCAGCAAGGGUACGGAUAUCCACCGAUGGCUGUAAAUCGAUUCGAACGUCCUCAAAUAAACCCCUCCAAGCAGGCCUUGUCCAACAUGCUUAGGCAACGACAUCCCAUAAAUAAUUACGGGAUGCCGGGAAUGCCCGGGAAUCCGCAAACGGGCGCCCAACCGAACCCUGGAUAUGGACAAAUGCAACGAUUUCCCAGACAAAGUAUACGGCAGCAACAUCCCGGCACCAUGCAAACCAACCAGGGCAUGUUCCCGAAUCAAUACGGCAACAUGCAAAGCGGAAUGGCCAACCAAUAUGGCAACUAUGUGGGAGGCAACAGUCAAAUGAUGCAGGGAAAUAUGCCGACGAAUCCUCAAAUGAUGCAAGCAUCUCAAAACAACAUGUUCGCGAGCCAACAACAAGGAUUCGGACAGCCGAGGGCCGCCCAGGCGGACUUUAGACAAAUGGGCGCGAAUCCGAGGGCGCCCUACAUGCAACAAGCGCCCAACGUCACCAUGAACACGAACAUGGGCGCGAUGGGCGGAAUGGGGGCGCAAGGGGGUCCCGCCCCACCCUAUUCCAGACCGGGACAAGUGAUGCAGGCCGGGGUGCAAAAUCAACAGACGCCGUUCCAGCAGCAACAACAAAGGAUGAGACAGAUUAUGGCAAUGCAACAGCAACAACAACAGCAGCAGCAACAACAGCAACAACAAGGAGGUCCGGGAGGGAAUCAACCGAAUCCUGCGUUAGUUGCCCACCUACAAAGACAACAGCAAAUGAACCCGCAGGCGUACCAUCAACCGCCUCCCUAUAAUAUGCAAUGAUAGUACCAGUAGAAUGACAUUUAGAGUAAUAUUUGUGUAAUGGUAUUUAUACAUAGUAAGGAGUAACGAGUAUAUUAACAAUGAACAAAUAAUAAAAUACAGGGCGUUUUAGAAUAAGAACUUUUAAGGUACAUGUUGUUAUGCCUGGAAUAAAAAGGAAAAUUGCUCCCAACAUUUAAAAAUAUCCAGUGAAUCAAAAUCUUUUUUUUUUUUUUAAGAGUAAUUUUAUAGUCCCUGGAAGACAAAAAAAGUUAUUUUGAAAUUUCAGUGCCUAGAAGACGCGAAAAAUGCCUCAAAAGUCACAAAUAUAAUAAAAAAAUUAUUUUAUAAAAUUGGCAUGUCCCAGAAAAUUACUUAAAUUGCCUGGACUAAAAAUGAAAAUUACUGCGAAACUCUGAAAAUAUCCAAUAUUUGAUUUUUUUUCAAUAAUUGUAUAGUAAUUUAAUAAUGCCUGGAAGAUAUAAAAAGUUACUUUGGAAUUCUGGAAAAUACGACAAAAAACAGAAGUUUAAUGCUUGGAACACUAAAAAAUUAGGAAAAUAUGAAUUAAAGGAGAGUUUUGUAUUGUAACAAUUGAAAGACAAAAAAUGAAAAGUGUGGAAAACAUGAAAUAUUAUUUUAAAGAAAUAGAAGAAAAAAUGAUAAAUUAGUUUCAGUGCCUGGAAGACGUGAACAAUGACUGAGACCAAAAGUCUAAAAUAUAUAUAAAAAAUUUAUGAAAUAAUAGUUGGUCUCCGAAAAUCUGGAAUUAUCCAAUAAAUGAAUCUGCCUUGAAAUUGAAAUUUGAAAUUGUCGAAACAGUGGGCUGCCAAGACAGUUGUGCAUAUAGGUCUCCUGAUGGACCCGUCAUGCCCAAAAUCUGCCUUAAAAGAUGGAUUAGCAAGGCAAAGAUCAAAAAAAAGCAAAAAAGCUUUAAAAUCAGUUAAAGCAGUCAUCUUUAAAAUCACAGAUGUGGUGAGUCAAGAAGAACAGUCAAAAAGUUUUUAAAUUCGAGGUGCAAAAAUGUCCAAAGGUUAAAAAAUCUAAAGGUUAAGGUUGUCAGACAUGGGGAGUAUUUUAAAAAAAUGAUACUAAGAGGUUUAAGGAAACAAAUUAACCUUAAACUACACAUAAUCAAAAUUCACCCUAGAUAUGGCCGUUUUUUCUUAUUUUAUACGACAUUUUUUAUUUAUUUUUAUAUACAUACAAAUAUUGUAUUUAUUUUGUCAAUAUUUCUAUAUCUAUUUUAUCAUUAUUAUAUACAUAUACAUUAUGUUUACUAAAGUGUACGCAGUAUUGUAGAUAAGAAUUAGGUCUAAAAAUUACUAUUGUAAUUAGCAAGUACUUACGACGAUUUAUAUUUAAGUAGCCUUAAUUGGUAUUUAUGGUGUUUAAAAUACUUUUUAGCAUAGUUUUGUGCAAUUAUGUAUGUAUAUAGAGGGAGAUAAUUGUAAUAAAUGAAUACAAAUUA